AGGAGGUGAUGGUGGGGAUGGAGGUGGAGGAGGUGAUGGUGGUGAUGGAGGUGAGGAGCUGAUGGAGGUGGAGGAGGUGAUGGAGGUGAUGGUGGUGAUGGUGGUGAUGGAGGUGAUGGAGGUGAUGGAGGUGAUGGUGGUGAUGGAGGUGAUGGAGGUGAUGGUGGUGAUGGAGGUGAUGGAGGUGAUGGAGGUGAGGAGCUGAUGGAGGUGAUGGAGGUGAUGGUGGUGAUGGAGGUGAUGGAGGUGAUGGAGGUGGAGGAGCUGAUGGAGGUGAGGAGCUGAUGGAGGUGAUGGAGGUGAUGGAGGUGAUGGAGGUGGAGGAGCUGAUGGAGGUGAGGAGCUGAUGGAGGUGAUGGAGGUGAUGGAGGUGAUGGUGGUGAUGGAGGUGAUGGAGGUGAUGGAGGUGGAGGAGCUGAUGGAGGUGAGGAGCUGAUGGAGGUGAUGGAGGUGAUGGAGGUGGAGGAGGUGGAGGAGGUGAUGGAGAUGAUGGAGGUGAUGGAGGUGGAGGAGGUGAUGGAGGUGAAGGAGGUGAUGAAGGUGGAGGAGGUGAUGGAGGUGAUGGAGGUGGAGGAGGUGAUGAAGGUGGAGGAGGUGAUGGAGGUGGAGGAGGUGGAGGAGAUGAUGGUGGUGAUGGAGGUGGAGGAGGUGAUGAAGGUGGAGGAGGUGGAGGAGGUGAUGGAGGUGAUGGAGGUGGAGGAGGUGGAGGAGGUGAUGGAGGUGAUAGAGGUGGAGGAGGUGGAGGAGGUGAUGGAGAUGAUGGAGGUGAUGGAGGUGAUGGAGGUGGAGGAGGUGAUGGAGGUGAAGGAGGUGAUGAAGGUGGAGGAGGUGGAGGAGAUGAUGGAGGUGAUGGAGGUGGAGGAGGUGAUGGAGGUGAUGGAGGUGAAGGAGGUGAUGAAGGUGGAGGAGGUGAUGGAGGUGAUGGAGGUGGAGGAGGUGAUGGAGGUGAUGGAGGUGGAGGAGGUGAUGGAGAUGAUGGAGGUGGAGGAGGUGAGCUCAGGUCAAGAGGAGAACGUCCGGUCGGUUAAAUGUCGACUUUUUACUCUCAAACCUUCACCUCUGAACUGUUUUAAGUCGUAUUUAAGUCAGCUUAAAUAAUAAACCUCCACAUGAUCCUAAAGUGAAACUGAAAGUAAAAUUAAAUAAAAUGAAUUUAAAGUAGACUAUAAAAUUAAAUUUAAAAAAUCCAAAAAAUAAAAGAAAAUGAAGAAAUAAAAUAAUAUGAAAAUAAAAGAAAAAUUAAAACAAAAUGAAAAUAAAAUAAGUAAAUAAAAUUAAAUAAAAUAAAAGAAAAUAAAUGUGAAAUCAAAUAAAAAUCAAGUGAAAUAAGAUAAAAUAAGAUCAAAUAAAUGCAAAAUAAAAUAAAAAUGAAGUGAAAUCAAAUAAAAAUAAGAUUAAAUUAAAAUAAAGCAAAAUAAAUAUGAAAUAAGACCAAAAGAUAAUCAAGUAAAAUAAGAUAAAAUAAAAACAGGUGAGAAAGUGAAAUAAAUAAAAAAAUAAGUGAAAUAAAAUAAAAUGAUGGCAAAAUAAAAAUAAAGUGAAGUGAAAUUGUCACGAACUAGGGAGGGCUGGGCCCGAGCAGAGAGCCACACUACCAAGACCAGAGGAGAUUUAGAAUGAUUUAUUGCAAGAGUGGGGAGUGGCUGGUGAAGUGGGGGGUUUUGGCCAGGAACAGGGGGUCCAGGCAGGAGCAGAAAGGGUCCAGGCAGGAGCAGGGGUCUUGGCAGGAAUGGGGGUCCAGGCAGGAACGGGGGAUCCAGGCAGGAGAAAAACCGGUGAUGACUUGGGUUGGGGAGAGCCGGAGGGGAAGGAGGACAGCUGAAUCUGGCAGAGGCAGAAGGAAAAAACAAAGUAAAAACAAGGCAGGAACUCAAAACGGAUCUAGUGAGAGGCUAGAGAGCAAAACUGAACUGCAUGGUUCUUGUUUAACAAUCUGGCAGGGAGCGGAAGGAUGAGCUGGUACUUAUUGCAGAUGUGUGUAAUCAGGGAGAUGAUAGUCAGCUGUCCGGGAGCCGUGGAGGUGGUUGAUUGCCUGAGUGGAGUCAGCUGAGAAGCUAGACUCCACUCAGGCACCGAGCUGCAGAGGGAGAUACAGGGCAGAGGAGCGGAUGGGAGACAGGCAAGACAGACAGGGCAGAGGAGAAGGGAGCUGUGACAGAAAUUAAAUAAAAAAUAAUGUGAAAUGAGAUAUUUUAAAAAUAUAGAAAAAUAAUAUAGUAAAAAUGAACAGAAUACAAAAGAGUGGCAUUAUCUUUAUUAUUUUUUGAAGAGUAUACAGAUUUGUGCAAAUGCAAACCCGUUUUUGUUUCCAUUUUCCAAACAGUAAAAUCUUGGUUUAUUAAUCCUCUCCUCAUUGAUUCAUGUUGUUUUUUUUGAGAUGUUUUCCUUUAACUUGAGCUGAAAAAGCAGAAAAAGCUCCGAUUCUUCCUUUAAACUGAACGAUGCUCCUUCACUUCCUGGUUUUGCUCUGAGCUCGGCUGCUCUCUGAAUCUGAACGUGAAGCCUCAGACGUCGAGGCGUCGUCGAGGCGUCGUCGAGGCGUCGAG